UUCUCGUUUUUAUACAAAAUUCAUCCUUUUUCUUGUUUUGAGGUUAGGUUAGGAAUCAAGGAAGAAUUGGAUUAAGAUUAUGUUUGGUUUAUGAUAUACAUAAAUACAUAUUAUAAAAGAAUAGUAAAAAAAUAUGUCUAAAGCAGCAGCAAAGUUAAAAAGCCUGAAAAAGGUAGUGGAUAAAGUUCAGCAUGGUAAACUAAGAACAAAUAUACCUGCCGGAAUGGCUGCUGCAGGUCCUCCAUUGGGUCCCAUGCUAGGUCAGAGAAGUAUCAAUAUAGCAGCCUUUUGUAAAGAUUUCAAUGAAAGAACUAAAGAAAUAAAAGAAGGAAUUCCGUUGCCUACAAGAGUAAAAGUAAAUCCCGACAGAAGUUACGAGAUGGUAAUUCACAAACCUCCCGUUACAUAUUUUCUUAAACAAGCCGCAGGAAUUCAAAGAGGUGCAAUGGAAGCAGGUAAUGAAAUUGCUGGAAAAGUAACUUUGAAACACGUAUACGAAAUAGCAAAGAUUAAACAGGAGGAUCCACCUUUAGAAGUAAAAAGUUUAGAAGAAAUAUGUCAGAUGAUAUGCGGUAUAGCAAAAUCGUGUGGAAUAGAGGUCGUUAAACAAUUAGAUGGAAAAGAAUACGAGCAAUUUUUAAUCGAAAGAAAAGCAAUUGUGGAACAACAGAAGAAAGAAUUACAAGAGAAAAAAGAAGCUAAGCUGUUGAGAACAGGAUAAUAUUUCUUACAAUUUGUUAGUUAUAUUUAUUUAAUAAAAUAAAAAUACAUAAAAACAUAAGUUAUGUAUGAACAUUAUA